CAAAAAACGAUCAGUAGAUGUGGAUACAUGAUGGAUGUGUGUGCGUGUAGAUGGGUCAAUGGAUGGUUAGUGGGACGAAUGGGUGGGCGGUAGGGACGCCCUUCUUUCUGGUUUUGUACGGCCUGAUAACCAAAAAUGUGCGCCUGUUAUAGCGAGAUCAAGAGAUGGAGAGCUAGAGAAUGGACAAAAUAUGUCCAAACCUUUUCGGCGGUUGGUUGGCCCUGGCUUUCGUCUCAUCCCUUCUCAGAUUUGGGUUGGUUGGGGCCACUUCGUUCGUAUUGGCACUCAUCCAUUAUAUAUCUGUGCAUGCUCAGGCUUCAAUAGUAUUGAGGCUGACCAGACUCUUGUCCAAUGGGCGCCAGCAUGAAGAGCUCUAGGAAACAAAGUCUUUUCAAUCAUCUUAAAGAAGGAAACCACAUUAUAUAGAUGCUCCUGGCAUCGCUACUAGGGGCUCGUUUUUUUAGGUUUGAUUACUUGACUGUUUUGGUGUGGCCUAUUUGCAUGGUAAGACUCUUGCCUCUUCAAGCCGUCAGGGCCGUCAGAAAGGUUCCAAUACCCGUGUGGUGGACCAGCUACAGCGCGCGGCAAGUAGGAUAGGCUGUGAGUGAAUGAAUGGAGUUUUGAAGUGUCCAAGAGGCCCAAUCCAAAAACGAUACUGUAUUGCGUUUGACUCUUGUGUAGCGUGCCCUUUUGACCCAAAGCGCUAGACACUGGCCAGGCAAAAAUUGCGUUUCUUUAUUAUGUCGAAAGUGACUACAGACCAGAAUCCUACAUUUUUGGACUUGUGAAGGUAUGCGCGGUCUUCACACUUUCUUUAUGAACAUUAAACAGUGCGAUGGUUGACCGUCCAGUGCCUACCCCUCAAACUGGACUUGUUAAUUUGCCCCACAGCUGACCCGACAGUGUUUUGAGAAGACAAUUCGACAACAUAAACGGUGUUUUUCACAAAGUAAUGUGUGUCCACAAAAAAAUGUUUUCUAUUUGCAUGCAUUGCAGCACACGAAGCGAACAUUAAGAGCCACUGAGAAACGUAACCGAACACUUGGUUUGUUGCAAACAGAAAUAUGAACGUAGGGCGACUGCUAUUUCAUGAUUGCACGUCGCUGCAAUAAAAUGACAUUCAUGUACUGCAUGGUUUUUCUUUGGCAGUCACAAGUCUCUGUGCUCAAGCGCCCGGUGAUAAGUUCAGCUUCAAGAAAGGAGCUUCCUGACUGUGUUUGUAGGAAUCAUGUCCCAGCGCCCAUUCCGCAGCUUGAUCACCUUGGCUGCCGCUUGGUUCUUCCUCGCCCCCUUUGCUCCAGCCUUUGUCGGCUUCCAGCAGCCACAGCGUCCUUCUUUUGUCCAGAUGGCCGCAUCUGAAGAGCGCCAUCUCGAGCUUCCGGAGGUGACGCACUUUGUGGAAGAGGAAGCUGAAGGGUGCCUUGCAGAGGGCUGCACCGUUGAAGAGAUUGAGAAGAUUCAGAAGCAGCUUGAAAGAGAUGAAGGCCGUAUCCGUGACGAGAUCAAGAAGCUGCAGGUCGCUCGUGACGACUAUGACGUCGAUUCAUCAACAGGGAUUGGCAUGCUGCGGGUGGCCCUCAGCAGAUUGCAUGGUCUGAGCGAGCAGCUUCGCAACAUCGUAGAUGUCCAGAGCGCACAGAUGGCCAAGGAUUUCGGGGCCUACCUCGCUUUCGGCAACGGUGACACUGGUGGAUUCUUGACUUUGAAGAGAUUCCCUCAAACCGCAUGAGCAAAGUUCAGAUUCAGAUGAGCAACUUCGCUGAGCCAGCAGCGUGGUGUGGCUGACUGACAGCUUCGAAGAUUUACACUUUUGUCACACAGGGCCUGACAGGAUGUCAGCUUUUAAGCCUACAGUGCACAGGGCAGUGUGGCAAUGUUCUUGUGGUCUUUUGAAGGGACCACAACUUGUACAUGUUCAGUUCGGCAAUGUGGUGGAAUUGUUUCAAAAGCGCCACUUUGCUAAUUUGCUAGUUUGUGCUCCUGUGGCACACUGAGCAACCGCAACCUGACUGAGGAUCUCGCCAUUCUGUUUUGUAGAUUGGCAUGGGAUGAGCUUAAUUGGGAUCGAUUCUUUCAUGGGAAGUGUGUCCUUUUUGGAGCUUCUAAAUGCAAGUCAUGCACAGUGUUUCCUCGUGCUUGUAGACCACACUGCGUUGCUGUUAGCAGGGAUUUACACUCUGUAGACAGCUCCAAAUGCAGCGCAAGCUAGCUAGAUUUGCACACACUACCGUUGGAGACAAAGUCGCAGAGCUCGUAUGCCCAAAGCAGC